GAUGCGAUUUCAGCUGAUUUUCACUGGAAAUAUGACUGUAUCAAAAGAAGAUUACAUUGUUGUGGUGUAUGUGUGUUGAUAUAAACUACCAUGCAUGCAGUGAAAAUGGGAUACGCUGAGAAAUGAGAUGAUGAUGGAUCCAGGAGGUUCCAGAAAGUCCUCCGUCAGUGAUGCCGAGUUGUUUGGGAAUGGCUCCGAGGAACCACCAAUACCUCUCAAGCGAAGCAUCAGUGGGGAGGGCAAAAAACGACAAAAUCAGUUCCGAACAUCGAAAAACGAAAAAGAAUUUGAGGUGGAGGACACAGAUGACGUGUUUCUGGUAGCUGGGUGUAAUGGCGGUGAAAUAAAGAAAAGUGACACAGGACGAAGUAAGAGUGAUUCGGUGCUCUCUGGUGUGGUGCUUAGUGGUUCAAGCACCAAUUCAAAUGUAGACUUGGAGAGUAGUGUUCACUCAGAGGAGUCCCCUGAAGUUGUCCCAAGGGAACAUUCCCUAUCCAUGAGUCCUGGGAAGAAGACAGAGAAAAGCAGUGAUGGAAGUGUUGGUGAAGGAGAGGAGAACCAGAGCAUUGUAGGCCCUUUGACUGCAGUCAUUUCUAAAACAAACAAGCCAGGAAUCAAAAGAUCUGUGAGUUUUCAAGAUGAUUUACUUCAGAAUAGAGAUGACAAGUCUACGGAGAGCCGUAGGAAGGAGUAUAGGAUGUCGAGUGGGUACGGCACAGGGAGCAACACAUCUCUUCAGUCCCAGGCAAGCACUGGGACCAUGUCAAACUACAGUCAGGAAAGUGAAGGAAACUGUGUACAAAAUGGGGGGCAUUGUGAGCAAAAUGGGGAAACCUGUCAGCUGAAUGGGGGAAUCUGUGAACAGAAAGGGAAAAUCUGUCAGCUAAAUGGGGAAAUCUGUGAACAGAAAGGGGAAAUCUGUAAGCUAAAUGGGGAUAUCUGUGACCAGAAAGGAGAACUAUAUCAGCUGAAUGGGGGAAUCUGUGAACAGAAAGGGGAAAUCUUUCAGAAAAAUGGGGAAAUGUGUCGGCAGAAUGGGGAGAGCUGUGAACAGAAUGGGGAUGGUAAGGGUAUUGAGCUGAAAAGACCCCUUCUAGAAGUACUGGCAAGAAAAGUUGAAGAGACCAGGGGUUCAGGACUGUCUCUUAUGUACGAGGGUGACAAGAACUCGGUGAGACUCGUUCGGAAAGGGGGUGGAGUACAGCAGGGUAACGGACUGUCUAUGGGAAGAGUGGAUCAGUCCUCAGGAAAUGUGGACAAUGGGUUUGUUUCUGAUGAUGAAGAUGACGACGAGGAUGAUGAAAGGGAAGAAGAGAGUGGAGUCAGUCAGAACCUGAUCCCAGCAGUAGUGACCUCAUUACUGAACCAGCCCUCUAUCGAGGAGACACAGGGCCUGCUACCCAUUCUUAGUAUCAUGGACAAUUCUGUCGUCAGUGAAAGUUCCAUGGCCGACGCCCCCAACAGCAUGACCCAUAAUUCAUUGCCAAGGGAGGAGGAAGAAACUCGAAGAUGUACCUCAAAAAGUGAAACAAAGACAACUGAGUCAAACACAGAAGUGCCGUGCAGCGAUGAAAGUCAGAAAAAGGGCCCUGAUGACCUUCCUAGCUCAGAUAGCUCUUUUCAGCUACCAAACUUUAAUAUCUUAGAACCAAAGACCCCAAACAUUGAUCAAGUCCUCCAUUUAAUAUCACCCGGUAUUCCAAGGGAAAAAUUGACAGAAAUUCUGCAACAGUGUUGUAAAGAUCAUGGCCCUAUAUCGGGGCCAGGGUCCGCUGAUUUUAAAAUUCCGGACCAUGUUCCCCCCAGUCCCGAGGCCCCCAGGAGCAGGCCGGCCCCCUCUACUGGUCAUUCUAGUUAUGGAUUUUCCAACAUUGUUAGUGCUUUUUUAAAGAACCCCGAAAUUUUUGAUUUUGAUGUGGAUAAUCUGCAGAAUCUGUUACGAGUUUACAGCGGCACACCGCCCUCUUGUCCUGUUCCUAUUUAUACAGAAGGCUCCAUGGUCAGUGUUUCCUGUGUAGAAUUCGCAUCACAAUGUAAAGACAAGGACUGCUCAGUACGCAAGUGUCAGAUGAUGAAGGCUGCCAUGAUUGGUCUCCAGCAUACCUUGGACGGUUUCCUGGAUAUUCACAACUCUACGGAUGUCCAGAGUCUGUGUCAGAGUCUGUUCCAACAUGCCAGGAACUGUGAGGAACCACCUAUGCGAUGCCCUGUGCCAUGGUGCUACCUCCUUAGAGGGUACUCGGAGGAGGAAGAGGUAACGAGCUUCAUGGUGUUUUAUUGGAUCAAGCAGGCGUUUGACACCCCCGUCUGUGAAGAGGAUAUAUUCCCCAAUGACGACAUUGAGAGCUUCAUCAAGCUAAACGCAACUCAUCACCACAUGGAAUCUACAAGUCUUGAAGUGACAUGUCGGAUUGAACAGCCUGGUCACUUUGGAAAUGUCAUGCUGGUAGCAGAGACCAAGCCCAUUUUGACCUCCUUUGAUUCCGAGGUCUCCCUCACUGACCAGUUCUAUGUAAUCAAACAGAUCAGCAAUGAUGAGUCAGACUUUGAUAUUACUAAGAUUUUUGAGAAACUGCGGAAUUUGGAACACCCCAAUUUGAUCCGCCACUAUUGGAUCACAAAGUACCCAAAUCACAUCAACAUCUGUCUUCAAUACAUACCAGGAAACACCUUGGAGGCGGAGCUCCAGCAUCGGAUGUUGUUUGAUCCGAUUAUGGUCCUACAGAUGAUGAUGGAUGUCCUGGAUGCGGUGGAUUUCCUUCAUUCCCAUGGAAUUAUUUACCUCUACUGGUCCCUGGGGAACAUUUUACUGGACAGUCUGAACAAGCGAUUGAUCUUGAGCAACCUGACACUGUCUGUGACUGAUGAUGGAAACUAUGAUGAAGGAUACACCAAACAGUCCCUCCCCCCAAAUCUGGUCCCCCCAGAGUUGCUGACAGGUGUAUCACUGACCCAAAACAGUGAUUGCUGGGGUGCAGCAUGUGUCAUGGUCCACUUGUUAACGGGUCACCAGAUUUGGUACAACCAUCGCCAUGACACCAGGGAAAGUCUGUGGGACAAGGUGAAAUCUGGGUGUUGUCCAUUUAGUUCUGAGGAAGGAAAAAUCAAACAGGCUACACUGUUGGCUUUUCUUAAGGCCUGCUUCAGGAUAAAUCUUAGUGAAAGGAUAUCAUUUACUGACCUGAUGAGAAGAAUAAGAGCAGCAGCGGCUAAAGGGAAUUUUGAUCUUUUGUCCGACAACCCUCGGAACUCCUGAGACCUUUGGAAGCAGUAACCACAAAAUGGCUGGCCAUCCCUCAUCCACCAAUACUGCCAUCGUUUUUACAGAAAUUUAUAUAAGUCAUUGGAAUGACUUCCUGUUAUAAUAGACUUGAGUUGACAAACCUGAGAAUUCAGGCUUCAAGGGAACUGGACAGAUGGUUAUGUCGUGUUAAUGACAGCAUCCAAUCAGAAUGCUUUAUUUUCUCAACUGUAUCACUGCCAAAUAUUUCUCAUCAUCAUGGUUGAAAUGCCUGAAAACAACUCUAUUGAUGAUAAAGCUGAGAAAAUUUUGCCUGUCUUUCAUAGAGUCUAAACACUUCUCCUUAGAUUGUUGUACAAUUUUCUCCUCUAAAAUGGAGUAAAAAAUGUAUAGAAGGAAACCCAAACCUUUGUUCAUAUAUUUUUAUCUGUUACCUGUGUGAACAUAUAAACACAAUUUUUAAAAAAAAAUUUUACAUUCCAUUUUGAUAGAGAGUGCUCAUGUUUUGCUACAGUUUGAUUUUUAGACAUGAUUUGUUGGUGUCUUUGUUUUUUUUGACGGUGAUUUUUUAAGAAGCGUACCGUAGUUUUAAUGAAUGACUUGUCUGUGGUAUUUGUGUACUCUUUCCUUGUUACAAAAUGAUGGGGAUAUAUAAUAGACAGAGGGAACAGAGCAGUAGUUUGGUAGACAAUUAUAUACAGGGUGGGGACCCCUUCCCCAGGAUAUGAGUCAGUCCACAGAGCCGGCCUCAAUCAAAAUUUGCCAACACGGAUGAAAACUACAAUAAAAGUUUGGAUUAUUGUUUAUCUAUAUACAAAGAAAUACAUUUGCAAUUGGCAUGCCCUUUCAAAUCCAUAUUUGUUUCAUCUUUGGGAAUCAAUGGCCAGUCUCCCAUAAACUUUGGUUAAGUUCAUGCAGAUUUGGCUGUGUGUUUUAAUGCAAAGAUAUUUUUCUUUUCACUAUGCAUGUUAAAAUGAAACAAAAUGAAUAUAAGUAAGUUUAAGGUGCACCUGAAAAAGAAACCAUUUAAGGUGGUUAAACAGAUCUUAUCCAACCCUGCUUAUAUAUAAACUCUCUUCCGAGAAAUUGGGGACGGGGGGGUGCGAAAGAGAACCUGGUAGUCAUAUGAUUACCGGGUAUUGAUGACACACUGCUAGAAAGAAACCAACCCUGAAAAGAAAUGAUACCUCAAUGUUCAACAUUGUUAGCCUAUGUUACAAUUUGUUUUUCUUUUUGUGAGAUUUAAUGAAGUACAGGACAGUUGGCGAUCAUGAUGCUUUCUUUUGUGUGUGUGUGUGUGUGUGUGGCCAUUGUUUAUAAUGUGUAGAAAGUUGUCCAGCUGUGUGUAUUGAGAAUUACUAAUAUUUCACUGUCUUCAUUUUUUGUCACAAAAUGAUUCCCCAACAUGCUUACAAAACCUGUCUAUCAUGUCUAGAACUGUUAUGUAACUGUUAUAUAAUACAAACCUGUUGUACUGGUAGUUGUAGAUUUUUAUGUGUUGAUUUGUGUUUUGUUUAAUUUGCUCACUGCGUUCUUGUUAUCAAAUUUUUAUCAGAUGGUGAAUGUUAGAAACAUUCUUACAUAUAUGAAUGGCUCAAGAAAUCUUUAUUUAACAAUCUGACAUUGUUUCAAAUGGUUCGAGAAAUCUUUAUUUAACAUGACAUUAUUUCAGAUGGCUCGAGAAAUCUUUAUUUAAAAGGCUGAAAAUGUUUCAAAUGGCUUGAGAAUUUUGUAUUUAAAGUCUGACAUUGUUUUAAAUGGCUUGAGGUCUGACUUUUUUUUAUAUGGCUGGAGAAUUCUGUAUUUAACAAUCUGACAUUGUGCCUGUCUGUCUGACAGUUGUUGAUGUGUUUUUGUACAGAACCAAAUGAUUUACACAGUUGUCUUUCUUGGAGAUGGUUGAUCCUGUGCGAGUAAUUGUGAUGGAUAUGUUGCUUUCUUUAGCAAUCUCUUGGUGCGAUAACUUAUUGAGCCUUUUUUGUUGACUUGAUGUUUUAUCCCAUUCAGGAUUAUUUUUUAUGUUUUAGCAAUUUAAAUCUUAUUUAAAUUUGGUUUUAUGAGUUAUGAUGUAACUCAAAGUCUUUAAAUGAUUGCUGGAGGGGGGGGGGGGUUGGAGGGACAACACAAUUUUCAUAUCAAUGCAUGAGUGCCAUAUAUAUUGCUUUUCUUAAUCUUUUCAAUCAGAGGCACAUUUCCCUCUCUCUUCACUUUUAUAUUAAUUGAUAUGUGUCAAUGUAUUUGGUAAAAUGAUAUGCAAUUUCAAAACUAGUUCAUUUUUACAUGCAUGUAUAAGCUAGAUGUAUAAGAAAGUCUAGUACGAGCUGUCAUAUUGAGUAGAAUUGGUGAUACAUGUACUGGUACAUGUAAUACUUUUAGAUGUUCAUUUAGGUAGCUUAAUAUUUGAUAUGUCUACAUAUUAGGCAGAUGAUUAUAAUCUAUGCUUUGUUAUAUCCUGAAAAAGAGAGAUAUUAUUUUUUGUAAGAAUAAAAAAUCUGAAGUUGAA